CUCCCGCCCAGUCCUGGGACGAGAUAUCAUCUUACGAGGGAUGUCACUGGAGUCACCGGAUCCGUCUCGGCGAGAGUGCCGCGCUCUGUAGCAGUCAGCGUUAGACGUGGAGCGAAGGACGAGUUCCCGAUGGCUUCAGCCGAGCUGCGAGAUGAGUUAAACUGCUCCAUCUGCCUCAGCGUCUACGCCGACCCCGUAACCCUGAGCUGCGGACACAAUUUCUGCCGACUGUGCAUCCGGAAGGUUCUUUUCACCCAGGAAGGCUCUGGAGUUUACACGUGUCCCGAAUGCAGAGCCGAAUUCCGUGAGCGACCCGUUCUACACCGAAACAUGAAGCUGUGCAGCAUAGCAGAGCGGUUUUUAUCCACGCACCCUCAACAGGAGGUCUCCGGAAUCUUCUGUACAUACUGCGUGCAUGCGCCGGUACCCGCUGCCAGAACAUGCCUGCACUGUGAGGCUUCGCUCUGUGACACCCACCUCAACGUCCACAGCACGUCAGCCGAACACGUCUUAACCGAGCCCACGUCUUUCACGGACAACGCGAAGUGCCCCGUCCACAGGGAGGUUCUGAAGUAUUACUGCACUCAGGACGUCGCCUGCAUAUGCGUGUCCUGCUGCGUGUUCGGGGAGCACAGGGGACACCAGGUGGAGCUGGUCACCGAAGCCUUCGAGAAGAAGAAGGAGAACCUGAGGAAAGUUCUGGAGAAACUAACAUCAAACCAAGAAGAAACUGAGAAAAAAGUCCAGGGUCUUCAAGAACGGAGGAGAGAAGUUCAAGAAAAAGCCGAAGGCGUCACAGAACGAGUCACCAAGCUCUUUAAGGACGUCCGGGAGCAGCUGGAGGUUCUGGAGAGACGAGUCCUCGGUGACGUCUCCCGAGAGGAAGAGAAGAUUUCUCUGCAGAUCUCAGAUCUAAUCCAGCAGCUGGAAUUAAAGAAGGAAGAGCUGUCCAGGAAAAUCCGUCAUAUCGAGGAGCUGUGCCACAUCACGGACCCUCUAACGCUUUUACAAGGUUGGCCGUCCAACAGAACCCGCGAUGAAGCUGCCAUGGCGGGUGAAGAUCGGAAGGCCUGUGGCGAAAAGGUUCCAGUUGUCGGUGAUUUGGAUGAAGUUCUCAUCUCGAUGACUCUUCACACAGCCUUAGCUGAGAUUGUGACGGGUAUGAGGAGAAGGUCUCCUGUGCCGGAGGCGUCCGACCUUUUCCUGGAUGGAAACACGGCUGCUAAUAGCGUUGUUAUCUCUGGUGAUCUGAAAACAGCCUCCUGGUCGGAGGGGAACCAGAACCGGCCGAAGACGCCCAAGAGGUUCAUAACGUUUUGCCAGGUUCUAAGUAGCAGAACGUUUUCCUCUGGUCAACAUUACUGGGAAGUGGAGACCAGCCAGUUGGGUAACUGGAGAGUAGGUGUAGCGUAUCCCAGUAUGGAACGGAAAGGAGACAAUUCCUGCAUCGGAUACAACAGCAAAUCCUGGUGUCUGCGCAUAUGUAAGAGAGAUUACUCGGUGAUACAUCACUCCAAGGAGGAGAUGCUCACCACCGAGUCCCCGCUGCAGAGAUUGGGGGUCUACCUGGAUUACGAGGCCGGACGGCUGUCCUUUUACCAGCUCGGUGACCCCAUCAGACACUUACACACCUUCACGGCCAGGUUCACCGAGCCGCUUCACGCUGCGUUUAUUGUAUGGAAGAAUGGAUGGGUGAGGAUUAGGAGCUAGCAAUCUAUAGAAUAGGGUCCCAUCAAAGCUCGAGGGGUCCCGGCCUUGUAGACAUCCAGUUACUGGCCUUGCUUGACUAUGUGGGAGAUCUGAAAUGUAUGUCGUCUAGGUGGAUAAAUGUCGCUAUGUUUGUUUUAUGGGGGGGGUCACAAAAUAACAAACAAAAUGUGGCGUUGGGUAAUAAAUAUAA